AUGACCUCACCAAAUGAAUUCCAUGGCUGGCUGGGCCACGACAAGACAGCCGCCCAAGGAAACAUGACAUGGUCCUCUUUCCAACCCAAACCCUUCAACGACAUCGAUGUCGACAUCAAGGUAUCCCAUUGUGGCAUCUGCGGCAGCGACGUUCACACGCUACGGUCGGGAUGGGGCGCAACCCAUUAUCCUAUCUGUGUCGGACACGAGAUUGUCGGAAAUGUUGUGAGGGUCGGAGACAAAGUGGAGCACCUCACACUGGGCGAGAGGGUAGGUGUCGGCGCGCAAGCCUUUAGCUGUCUUAAGGAGGAUUGUGAAGAGUGCAGCGCUGGCCUGGAACAGCAUUGUCCGAAGAUGGUGGGCACGUACGGUUCGAAAUAUCCAGGUGGCAGCUGGAGCAUGGGUGGCUAUGCAGACUAUGUUCGAGUGCCAGCUCACUUCGCUAUAAAGAUCCCAGCAGGAUUGAGGAGCGAAGACGCAGCCCCAAUGAUGUGCGGAGGCAUCACGGUGUAUUCGCCUCUAAAGAACAACGGAGCAGGACCGGGGAAGAAAGUCGGGGUCGUGGGCCUAGGUGGGCUUGGCCAUUUUGGUGUCUUGUUCGCAAAAGCUUUAGGUUGUGACAAGGUCGUAGCCAUCAGCCGGCGGAGAAACAAAGCCGACGACGCAAAAGCUAUGGGUGCCACAGACUACAUAGCGACAUCAGAAGACGAGAAGUGGGCUCGUCAACAUUCUCGGACCCUCGAUAUCAUCAUUAGUACUGUCUCCUCUCCAGAUAUGCCUCUUGAGUCCUACUUACGACUUUUGCGCACGGGUGGCGUCUUUAUUCAGGUCGGUGCACCGGAGGACAAGCUACCGCAGAUUUCCGCGUUCGGUCUCAUUGCCAAAGGCUGUAAGAUAGGAGGCAGUCAAAUCGGCAGUCCGAAAGAAAUUGAUGAGAUGCUCAAGUUUGCGGCGGAGAAUGGAGUAAAGCCAUGGGUUCAAAAGGAAAACAUGAAAGACGCCAACAAGGCGAUCGUCAAUAUGGAGGAUGGCCAUGCGCGGUAUCGUUACGUGCUUGUACAUACAGAUAUGGCCGAUAGAGCGAAAAUGUAA